CUGGCGUUGUGGGCAAAAAUUAUAUAUAUUCUCCAUCCCGCUCUACCAUCUCUUUCGAAUCAGUUUGUACUUGAAUCAUCGUCUCAACGCCACGCCCUCCCUUCCAUUAGCUUCCAUUCCAACAACAAUGUCCCUUCAAAACCAAACCGCCCAUCUCCUCCGCACCCUCCACAAGCCCGGAAAUCCCAUCAUCUUGACUAAUGUCUGGGAUGCCAUAUCCGCCAAAGCAAUCGCAUCGCUCCCACAAACCCAAGCCAUAGCAACCGCCUCCUUCGCCAUCGCCGCAGCCGCCGGCCUCGAAGACGACCAUCUCACACUCGAUGUCAAUUUACGCGCUAUCCGCGCCAUCGCACCUAUUGCUGCUGCUUACAACAAACCCCUCACCGUCGACUUCCAAGACGGCUUCGGCGACAGACUUGAAGAGGGGAUUCGGGAAAUCCUCAAACUCGGCGUUGUGGGAAUUAAUCUUGAAGAUUUUGGACGUGAGAUGAGCGUGGAUGGUGGGGACGGGAAGGGCGGGUUGUAUUCAAUUUCCACCGCACAGGAGAGGAUUCGCCGGGUUAUGGCUAUUGCGAAAGAGGAAGGUGUGCCAGACUUCGUCGUCAACGCGCGGACUGAUGCCCUGCUGCACGGCCAUCCGGUGGCUGAAGUUGUUGAGCGAGGGAAAGCGUAUUUGGAUGCAGGGGCGGCGAAUGUGUUUGUUUGGGGAGGGGUGAAGAGAGGGGGGAUGCGGAGGGAGGAGGUGCAGGAGUGUUGUAGGGAAUUUGGAGGAAGGUUGAAUGUUAGUAUGAAGUUGACGCCGGGGAAUUUGACGUUAGAGGAGCUGAGGGAGAUUGGGGUCGCGAGGAUUAGUAUUGGGCCGCAGUUGAUGUUGAAGAGUGCCGGGUUUGUAGCGGAGGAAGCGAGGAGGGUUUUGGGAGUGUAG